AUGGUCAAAAUGUUUUUGUGGAGAGCACUAAAUAAUCUACUCUCGACUAAAGGACAUCUCAGGCGUAAGGGAGUGGUGCAAGAUAGUGCGUGUCCUCUUUGUGGACUGGAGGAAGAAAAUGUGGCUCAUGUACUUUGGAAUUGUCCUCCAGCAAAUGGUGUUUGGGGAUGUGGGUCGAUCAAAUUCCAGAAAAGGUGUUGUGGUGGAACAAACUUCUUCAACAUCUUUGAAGACAUAGUCAAACGGUGUGACCGUUUUGAUGUGGAGAGGUUUGCGGUGACUGGCAGGCGCCUAUGGUUACGUAGAAAUGCUGUGAUUCAUGGAGAACCAUUUGUCCAUCCCAACCAGAUUAUGAGAGAGGUGGGCGCUGCUAUAGAAGAUUUCCAGAGGGCGAAUAUGGUGGAUGAACAUGAGACGAGGCAAGCUCAGAAAGGUGAUUCUGCUCUGUGGCAACCACCUCCGGUGAACUCUGUUAAAAUUAAUUGGGACGCCACGGUGGACCAUCGGAAUGGGAGGAUCAGGCUGGGUUGUGUUGUCCAAAACUCAUAA